AUGGCUGUUGACGACAUCUCAUGCAGUGAUAAUAGCGACGACUACGAUUUAACGUUCAAACCUAUUGCACCAGCUGACUACGUGUGGACGUUGAUCAAGUAUACUCCUCAUCAGGUGGCAAAGAUGAUCGGUUUGGUGGAGUAUAAGAAGCUGUCCGUGCGAAAAGCAGCUGAAUUGACCAACAUCAGUAAUUCACGCACCCAUCAGUUGUACAAGCAACACAAAGAAGACAGCAGUCUGACUCCAGGUUAUAAGGCCAAGAACCAGAUAAAGAGACUGCGCAAGAUCGACCUCACCGAUGAACAAAGGCAAAUCGUGGAUCUCUACGUCAAAAGCGUAGCUGACCAAAAUGCGAACGUCGUAAAGGUCAAGGAUGCGUAG